AUGAAUUCUGAUGCGAGUUUGAUUACUGCGCUCGUAGAGCGUUGGCGACCCGAGACGUCGACCUUCCAUUUACCGUUUGGUGAGGUCACGAUCACGUUAGAGGACGUUGUGACACUGUCUGGUCUGGCGAUCGAUGAUGAUCCCGUCGUAGUUGACAUACCGGAUGAGGAAUGGCCGGUGAUCUGUUUGAGACUGUUAGGACGGGUUCCGGAUGAUCUUUCAGGCGGUGUCGUUAGGAUUGUUUGGCUGAGGGAUGAAUUCGAUCAUCUGUCGGGAAAUGCAUCUCAGGAGGUUACAGAGCAGUUUGCACGAGCUUAUGCUCUAUCUCUGAUGGGAGGUGUACUGUUCCCGGAUCGGUCUGGAGCUAUGGUGCACCUACAAUACCUACUUCUGAUUGAGGAUUGGCAGAGAGCUUAA